AUGUUAGCAGCUAGAAACUCACUUAAGAACGUUGUUCGUCGUUUACCAGGCUCUAGCCGUGCCAACUCCUCCGCAGCUCCAGGUGGCCCAGUUAUCGGUAUCGAUUUAGGUACCACCAACUCGGCGGUUGCAGUCAUGGAAGGUAAAAUUCCAAAGAUUAUUGAAAACUCGGAAGGUGGAAGAACCACUCCUUCUGUUGUUGCAUUCACUAAGGACGGUGAAAGAUUAGUUGGUAUUCCAGCCAAGAGACAAGCCGUUGUUAACCCAGAAAACACUUUGUUCGCUACUAAGCGUUUGAUCGGUCGUCGUUUCGAAGAUGGCGAAGUGCAAAGAGAUUUGAGUGAAGUUCCAUACAAGAUCGUCAAACACGGUAACGGAGAUGCAUGGAUCGAAGCCAGAGGUGAAAAAUACUCGCCACAACAAAUUGGUGGUUUCAUCUUGAACAAGAUGAAGGAAACCGCCGAAGCUAACAUGGGUAAGCCAGUCAAGAACGCCGUUGUCACUUGUCCAGCCUACUUUAACGAUGCCCAAAGACAAGCCACCAAGGAUGCUGGUAAGAUUGUUGGGUUGAACGUCUUGAGAGUUGUUAACGAACCAACCGCCGCUGCCUUGGCCUACGGGUUAGAAAAGAACGAUGGUGAAGUCGUUGCUGUUUUCGAUUUAGGUGGUGGUACUUUCGAUAUCUCCAUCUUGGAUAUCGGUGCCGGUGUUUUCGAAGUCAAGUCCACCAAUGGUGACACCCACUUAGGUGGUGAAGAUUUCGACAUUGCUGUUGUCAGAAACAUUGUCGAAACUUUCAAGAAGGAAUCAGGUAUUGACUUAUCCAAGGACAGAAUGGCUGUCCAACGUAUCAGAGAAGCCGCUGAAAAGGCCAAGAUCGAAUUGUCAUCCACCAUCAACACCGAAAUCAACUUGCCAUUUAUCACAGCUGACGCCUCCGGUCCAAAGCACAUCAACCAAAAGAUCUCCAGAUCUCAAUUUGAAUCUUUAGUCGAACCAUACAUCAAGAGAACCGUCGAACCAUGUAAGAAGGCUUUGAAGGAUGCCGGUUUAUCCACUUCCGACAUUUCUGAAGUUAUCUUAGUCGGUGGUAUGUCAAGAAUGCCAAAGGUUAUUGACACCGUCAAAUCUAUCUUCGGUAAGGAACCAUCCAAGGCUGUCAACCCUGAUGAAGCCGUUGCUAUGGGUGCAGCUAUCCAAGGUGGUAUCUUAGCCGGUGACGUCACUGACGUUGUCUUGUUAGAUGUUACCCCAUUAUCCUUAGGUAUUGAAACCAUGGGUGGUGUCUUUGCUAGAUUAAUCUCUAGAAACACCACCAUUCCAGCCAAGAAAUCUCAAAUUUUCUCCACUGCUUCUGCUGGUCAAACUUCCGUCGAAAUUAGAGUUUUCCAAGGUGAAAGAGAAUUAACUAGAGACAACAAGUUAAUCGGUAACUUCACCUUAUCUGGUAUUCCACCAGCUCCAAAGGGUGUCCCACAAAUUGAAGUCACCUUCGACAUUGACACUGAUGGUAUCAUCAAGGUCUCUGCUCGUGACAAGGCUUCUAACAAGGACGCAUCUAUUACUGUCGCUGGUUCUUCCGGUUUAUCUGACUCUGAAAUUGAAAAGAUGGUUAACGAUGCCGAAAAAUUCGCUGAAUCUGAUAAGGCCAGAAGAGAUGCCAUCGAAUCUGCUAACAGAGCCGAUCAAUUAUGUAACGAUACCGAAAACUCCUUAAACGAAUUCAAGGAAAAGAUUGACGCUGCCGAUGCCGACAAGGUUAGGGAACAACUUAGCUCAUUAAGAGAAAUCGUUGUCAAGGCUCAAGCCGGUGAAGAAGUUGAUGCUGCUGAAUUAAAGACCAAGACCGAAGAAUUACAAAAUGAAUCAUUAAAGGUUUUCGAAAAGUUAUAUAAAAACAAUGAAAACAACAAUGAAUCUUCUUCCGAAGAACCAAAGAACUAA